AUGCAAUCGUUACAAUUACUGGGCGUUGGAGCAACAUUGCUCUGGAGCUGGGGAGCGCUGGUAGAUGGAGCUACGGAAUGUCCUACAAAACCCUAUCGUGUGGUGUGCUACUUGGCAAGCUGGUCCAACUAUCGCGAAGGCAGUGGAUCAUUCAACAUCUCGUACAUCGUUCCGGAUCACUGUACGCAUUUGGUGUACACGUUUGCGGGGUUAAACAUUGGUGGUGGAAUCGAUUCGCUUGAUUACUACAACGAUGUGAACGUAAAUAAGGGCUAUGCGAAGGUUGUAGCCUUGAAGGAGGAGAAUCCAUGUCUGAAGGUACUGCUUGCGAUCGGUGGGUGGAACGAGGGUUCGGAAAAGUAUUCGCUGAUGGCCGAACGUGAGUCAAGCCGGGAAGCAUUUGCUGACCAAACGCUGCGCUACUUGGUGCACUAUGGAUUCGAUGGACUCGACCUUGACUGGGAGUAUCCUACUAUGCGUGGUGGACUUCCCGAGGAUCGAGAAAACUUCGUCCUGCUUAUACAAACGCUCCGGAAUAGGUUUGCCCCACGCAAGAAGCUGCUGACUGCGGCCAUAAGUGCCUCGAAGCAAAUUCUACAGGCCGGAUAUGAUCUACCAAAGUUGUGUGAAGGGCUCGACUUCAUCAACCUAAUGACUUAUGACUAUUCGAGCGACGUUAAGGCUACAUUGGAUGCUCCACUCUAUGGCGAUUCAUCAACUGGAGAGACGAUUGACACAACGAUCACUUACAUCACCAAAAGUGGCUGUCCGAUGGAAAAGUUCUCGCUCGGCAUUACAACCCACGCCAAAACGUACACCGUAGUGCCGGCUCGUCUGAUGGCACCGGGAAUUAAAGCUGUUGGGCCUGGCGCACCGGGACCCUACACGCGCAGUGCCGGCUCGUUGGGCUACAACGAGGUGUGUGAGAUGGUGAAGCCGAACCGUACCGCACCCACCGAGUGGGUUGUCAAAUCGAUGGCCCAGAAUGCGGUAAAGUACGCGUACCGGGACGAUCAGUGGAUAACGUACGAUAGUAUUGAAACGAUCGGUACGAAGGUAAAGUACGCGAUGGACAAAAAGCUCGGUGGUAUCAUGUUUUGGACGAUCGAUACGGACGAUUUUCAGGGCGACUGCCAUAACGAGGCGUAUCCGCUGUUGCAAACCGCCCUGAGGGUGUUGGGAUACGCGACGAAAUGA